GGGGCCGUGGACCCGGCAGGCCCGGCUGGGGCCAGCUGCGCACCCGCGCGCCCCCUAGGCGGGGCUUGUGUUGGGCGCGGGUCGGAGCCUGGGCCGGAUCGUGCUGUGUCAUGCAGGCCCCGGCCCUCUCGAUUGGCUCCCUUGGAACGGCCGUCCGGGCCUGGCGAGGUCUUCCGGCCCACACCGCUGGCGCGGAGCCCCGGCGCCUUGGGGAGCCCGUCUACGAUCCGGCCUACCACCCGCCGAAGGCCUUGGUCCCUGAAGAGAGCAGGCCCCGCGAGCCCGAGGCCGCUACCGGGCCCGGUGGGCGUGGACUUUGCGCCAUGUGAAGGCCUCAGGAGCCCUGCCACUGGGGCGGAGGCCGGGGUCGGGGCAGGCCCGGCGAGCUCAGGAAAGCUCACAGCCGCCUUUUUGGAGUCUGGUCGGCGGGACCCGAGUUCAAAAGGUGAUGACUUAUCAACAGCCAUUCUCAAACAGAAGAACCGUCCCAAUCGGUUAAUUGUUGAUGAAGCCAUCAAUGAGGACAAUAGUGUGGUGUCCUUGUCCCAGCCCAAGAUGGAUGAAUUGCAGUUGUUCCGAGGUGACACAGUGUUGCUGAAAGGAAAGAAGAGACGAGAAGCUGUUUGCAUUGUCCUUUCUGAUGACACGUGUUCUGAUGAGAAGAUUCGAAUGAAUAGAGUUGUUCGGAAUAACCUUCGUGUACGCCUAGGGGAUGUCAUCAGCAUCCAGCCAUGCCCUGAUGUGAAGUAUGGCAAACGUAUCCAUGUGCUGCCCAUUGAUGACACAGUGGAAGGCAUUACUGGUAAUCUCUUUGAGGUAUACCUUAAGCCGUACUUCCUAGAAGCUUAUCGACCCAUCCGGAAAGGAGACAUUUUUCUUGUCCGUGGUGGGAUGCGUGCUGUGGAGUUCAAAGUGGUGGAAACAGAUCCUAGCCCUUACUGCAUCGUUGCUCCAGACACAGUGAUCCACUGCGAAGGGGAGCCUAUCAAACGAGAGGCUGAGGCAGGAGAAUUGCUUGAAUCUAGGAGGCACAGGUUGCAGUGAGCUGAGACUGUGCCACUGCACUCCAGCCUUGGUGACAGAGUGAGAUUGUCUCAAAAAAAAAAAAAAAAACCAGACUGGUAGGUGCUUUUUGGAGAACUAAGCAUCUUUUAGGGAUGAAAAAUCUGCCAGAUAUUCAUUUCUGGGUCUAGGUGUUUCUUGGAUGUACCUAAUUCCAGAAAUUUCAAAAAUCUAGACUGAACCCAAAGUAUAUAAGUGAUUGAAAUCAUUUUUGAAGUAUAACUGAUGGUGGCUGAAGGCCUCUCCAUUCCCAGAGUUUCCAGCCUCAGAUUUUAGAGACCCCUUCUCAAUAAGACUAUGAGCAAUGUGAAAGGCAAGGACUGUGCUAGAAAUCUUUGCCUUGGGAUUUUUAUAGCUGUUCUUUGAGGCCAGAUACCUGUAGAGGAGAAUCUUCUCUUUUUCAUUUAAUUUAAUUUUUUUUUUUUUUAAGUUCCAGCAUUUUAUUGUUUGAAUAACAGAACACACAAAACCAGGCAGAGAAAUCUCCAAGGAGAUGAUAAUCAUAUUUCACUGUUUUUUGGCGCUUUGGUCCUUCACCUUUCAAGCACUUACUGUAUUUUACUUUAAUGAUUUAGACAUUUAUUUUUACCACAAAUGCAAUUCAAGUGUGAAUAAAUAAAUGCAUUAUCUUUUAGCACCUGCUUCCCCCUUGUUCCUUUAAAUAGAAAAAAGUGCCAAAUGUCUCUUUAUAGCCUAUUAGCCAUAGCUGUCCCAUGGUUUUAAAAAUGGACUGUAACUUGAUCUUCUGAAAUCCUUCUCGAACUACAACUCAUUCUGUUAAAGAAAUCCUAGGAAAGAAAUCCUACUGAUAUUGUCGGUAGUCUCCAAAAGGUAAGGAAGGUAAUUGAGUUGAAGGCAACUGGGAGGGGUCUUCCACAAAUUGAGGACCAUUGGGAAACUGCAGAGGCAAAUCUUGUCAACAAGAUACCAGCUCCUUCAAUUAAAGCUAGGAGAAUGCCACCCAUUGCAGCUGACCCAACCAUGGCCACUGGUCCAUUUCUUGCUGCCAGUAUGGCUCCCAUUAAGGCACCACUUGUGAUGGAGUUCCAGGGAUCUUCCUUUCCUCUAACUUGAACCAUACUAUAGUCAAUCAUGGAAAACAGGCCUCCCCAAACUGCAAAGCUACCUCCUAACUGCGGAGCCCUGGUUUUAAUAGCUGUCAAACUCCCUCGUAGUCUGGUUUACUACCACUGGAGAAUUGGGAAAACCUUUGAUUGCUUGAAA